ACCCAGGGGCUGCCCCAGCGAUGGAGCCCAGUGACCCACAGGGGAAAAGAGUCGCCGUUGUCGGCGGUGGUCUGGUGGGUGCAUUAAAUACCUGUUUCUUUGCUAGACGAGGUUUCCAUGUUGAUGUUUAUGAAACCAGAGAAGAUAUCCGGGUGGCCAGCUUGAACCGUGGCAGAAGCAUUAACUUGGCCCUGUCCCACAGAGGACGCCAAGCCCUUCGAGCCGUGGGGAUGGAAGAGCAGAUUGUGUCCAAAGGCAUUCCCAUGCGGGCAAGGAGGAUACAUACACCUUCAGGGAAGAAGUACUCUAUCCCCUAUGGAAAGAAAAACCAGUACAUUCUCUCUGUGGACAGAGCAAACUUAAACAGAGAGCUGCUAACAGCUGCUGAGAAGUACUCCAACACUAAACUGUACUUUGGACAAAAGGUCUUGGGGUGCAACGCAGAGUUAGGGAAGUUAACCAUAAAAAGAUUUGACCAACGGCCCUUAGAAGUCACCUACGAUCUCAUCGUGGGAUGCGAUGGAGCCUUCUCAACAGUCAGAAAGCAAUUCAUGAGACAAACGCGCUUUAACUACAGCCAUGAGUACAUUCCUCAUGGCUAUAUGGAGCUGACCAUCCCUCCCAAGGAUGGAGAAUUUGCCAUGGAACCAAACUACCUCCAUAUCUGGCCAAGAAACACCUUCAUGAUGAUUGCACUGCCCAACAUGGACAAGUCCUUCACCUGCACGCUCUUCAUGCCCUUUGAGGAAUUCGAGAAGCUCACAACGGGCGAGCAAGUGCUGGGUUUUUUCCAGACCUACUUCCCAGACGCCAUCCCCCUCAUCGGAGAGCGAGAGCUGAAGCACGAUUACUUUUUGCUGCCAGCCCAGGCCAUGAUAUCUGUGAAGUGCUCCUCCUACCACCUUGGCUCCCGGUGCGUGCUGAUGGGAGAUGCCGCGCAUGCUGUUGUGCCCUUCUACGGACAGGGCAUGAAUGCUGGCUUUGAGGACUGUCUGGUCUUUGACGAAUUAAUGGACCAGUUCCACAAUGACUUUGGUGCCUGUCUCCCUGAGUUCUCCAGGCUGAGGGUCCCAGAUGACCACGCGAUCUCAGAUUUAGCUAUGUACAACUAUGUAGAGAUGCGUGAACACGUGAAUUCAACGUGGUUCAUUUUCCGGAAGCACAUAGACAACAUCCUCCACACCCUCAUGCCUUCCACCAUCGUCCCGCUGUACACCAUGGUCACCUUCACCAGAAUUCGCUACCAUGAGGCACUUCAGCGCUGGAAAUGGCAGAAAAAGAUAAUUAAUCGAGGGCUUUUUGUCAUGGGGGCAGCAGGAUUGUGUGGCACCUACCUGCUCGUAAAGUGGCUGGCGCGGGACUCAGACUUCUGUGUGGAAAACUUGUGGGGAUGGUCCCAUUACCUCAAGAAGGUUGGAAAUUUUCCCUUUGGCACACAGGUGGCUUAAAUGUGAGGCGAGAUGCUGGUUGUAAUAAAAGUGAAGGCAUGAGCUGUUGGCUUGGCUGGAUGA